AUGGCUACUGCACGAUCAGGAAAAGAAUUCGACUCGAAUUCCGGUGUUCAACAACAGUACGCUCAGUCGGCUCACCACAAGCACAACUCAAUCACCGACAUGUCUCCCAAGGAUAUGUCAUUCGCAAAGGCAUUUGACGAGCUCUUACCACUCGAGAUCAAGCAGAUGAUCUUCAAAUGGGCAGCGAGCGACAACAGCAGCGACAUUCAGAUCAGGCUUUUGCACGAUAACGAAGGCCAGCUUCAUGCACCAGCUGUCGACCUCCUCACGAAAUUGAAGGACCAGUACUCAACCAAGGCGUAUCAUCAGGCCGUGGAGUAUCUUACAGGAUCAACGUUUCGGUGGACCUUCAGCAGCGAUACACAGCCACAUCGAUACCUUCUCCGUGCUUUCCGAAAUUCGGUCCCAAUGGAAGUUCGACAGCGAAUCAAGCAUGCCUAUCUGCCUCGGGUCACCGUGUAUGGUCUCAUCAAUCCGGCGACUCAGUCCACAAGCUUCGAGAAUCUGCGCAUACACAAUCCGUCUAUACCGAUACCCUAUUCUGAUUACUUCACACGACUGGGCGCGAUGACAUCCUUCAACUGGACCUUGAUGGUUGUGCAAAUCAAGAAGGACAUCACAGGGGGUAUGCAGCUGCUACCAAUUGCACUUCCUUCGCUCAAGAAACUGGCGAUUGGUCUUGACCCAAUCGACUGUUUAGAAAGACACCCAAAGCAAAUCACGCACCGUGACAUUCGACCUGACGAUUUGAGUUCGCGGAUCACGUGGGGACCGCUUCCAGGUGGGUUUGGGGCGCUUGCAAACCUCACGGAAAUCGCCAACCUCGAUAUCCGCGUCAUCUGGUAUGACUUCCUUGACAAGAAACGGAAUUUCGCAGGAUUCAGUGGGGAGAUUGAGAAAAAGGCCCACGUCUUUCUUAUGGAGACGUUCUGUCUGAGUCUUCCUGCUGCGAGGAGCAUUGUCGGCUGUUCAGACAGCUCUUCCGUCUGA